AUGUGCAUAGGCAGGAACUAUGCAGACCACAUCAAGGAGCUGUCUAGUGCUACGCCCAAGCAACCCUUCUUCUUCCUGAAGCCACCAUCAUCUAUCUUGCUACCAGGCGCUGGUCCAGUACUACGACCUCGUGGUGUGAAUAUGCACUAUGAAGUUGAGCUCGGUCUCAUCAUGGGCAAGACAAUAAGGGAUCUGCAUCCUGAGGAUACCAAGGGUGCUAUGGAUGCUAUAGAAGGUACUACGGACGCUAUACAUGAAGCCAAGUGUAACAUUAUAUGGAGUCCCUAUCGAACUAACAUUCGAAAUACAGGUUAUGUUCUCGCUAUCGACAUGACUGCGCGUAAUGUGCAGGAUGAAGCGAAAAGAAAAGGCCUGCCAUGGUCCAUUGCGAAGGGUUUCGACACCUUCAUGCCCAUCAGCAACUUCAUCGCGAAGAGCCGGAUCCCAGACCCACAGAAAGCACACCUUUGGCUUUCAGUCAACAACGAGAUGAAGCAAUCCGACAACACUGAACUAAUGCUUUUCCGAAUUCCGAGGCAACUAAGCGACAUUAGCAGGGUCAUGACGCUAGAAAAGGGCGAUAUUGUACUCACAGGAACGCCGAAGGGCGUGGGUCCAGUCAAGACGGGCGACAUUAUGCGUGCGGGACUCAAGGUGGAUGGUAAAGAUAUCGAAGAGGCGAACCUGGAAGUACCAGUUGCAGAUCGUGAGGGUUUGUACGAGUUCAGCGAAACAUAA